GCGGAGAAGCCUCCCCUGGAGCAGCUGUACCGGGAGGGCCCGCUGCUGGGGAGCGGCGGCUUCGGCAGCGUUUACGCCGGGACCCGGCUCGCCGACGGUGUCCCGGUGGCCAUCAAGCGAGUGUCCCGGGACCGCGUCUUGGAGUGGGCGCGGCUGCACGACGGCGCCCUUGUGCCCCUGGAGCUGGUGCUGCUCUGGAUGGCGUCGUGGCCCGGCUUCCGCGGCAUCGUGCGGCUCCUGGACUGGUUCGAGCUGCCCGACGGCUUCGCGCUGGUCAUGGAGCGUCCGGAGCACUGUCAGGACCUCUGGCACCUGCUGCACGCGGGGGGGUUCCUGCCAGAGCCCGUGGCGCGGGCGCUGUUCCGGCAGGUGCUGGGGGCCGUGCGGCACUGCACCAGCCGCGGCGUCCUGCACCGCGACAUCAAGGCCGAGAACGUGCUCGUUGACCUGGCCACUGGCGAGGCGAAGCUCAUCGACUUCGGCUGCGGCACCAUCCUGCAGGACACCUUCUACACCCAGAUGGCCGGAACGCGGGAGUACUACCCACCGGAGUGGAUCCUCUUUGGCCGCUACCAUGGCCAGCCAGCCACCAUCUGGUCCCUGGGCAUCCUGCUCUAUCAGCUGGUGUGCAGGCACCUUCCUUUCAAAAGCAGAGAGGACAUCGUCCGGGGACAGCUCUUCUUCCCGCCCCGGGUGUCUCAAGAGUGCCAGCACCUGAUCAGGUGGUGCUUAUCCAUGGACCCUGCAGACAGGCCAUCCUUGGAUGACCUUUUAGAACAUUCUUGGGUGCAGAAGCCCCACCUGGCCCAGGAGACAGCAGAG